UUGCCGUUCUACCCAUUUGACUCUACUCUUGCUUCGCAGUUGGAUGAGAAUCGCAGUACCAAUUUUCCCAAUUUCGUUGGAAUAAUCACCAUACGCAUGCAAUUCUUCCGUCUCCAUACACUCGAAUCCACUUUUUUCCGAUUCCGAUCAAUGAUUUCACCCAAUUCGAUUUAGGGUUUUUCAACCACUCAAAUUCCAUCCCCAAUUAUCGAAUCAUUAGGUUUUAGAGGUUUCGCGGUUGUCUUGAUCAGAAUCGGAGUUAGUGUUGUGGUUUUGUUUGAAUUUCUGUUACGAUCGGUGACAUGAAGAUCGAAGAGUUGGACGAGGUUGAAUCUGAUGAAAGAAGUUACAAUCACAGUGACGACCAUGUUUCUGGAAGAAUGAUUGUUCGGGUCGAUGCAAAGAGAGCGCUAGUCGGAGCUGGGGCUCGGAUCCUGUUCUACCCGACCCUUCUGUACAAUGUUUUCCGGAACAAGAUUCAAGCUGAGUUCAGAUGGUGGGACCAAAUUGAUCAGUAUCUUCUGCUGGGGGCGGUUCCAUUCCCUAAGGAUGUUCUGCAGUUGAAGCAGCUUGGUGUUGGCGCUGUCAUCACUCUUAAUGAGCCUUAUGAAACGUUGGUUCCAACAUCAUUGUACCAUGCUCAUGGGAUAGACCAUCUUGUCAUUCCUACCAGAGAUUACCUCUUUGCUCCUUCAACUGUGGAUAUUAAUCGGGCUGUGGAUUUCAUUCACAAGAAUGCAUCGUGUGGUAGGACUACCUAUGUCCACUGUAAAGCUGGCCGAGGAAGGAGCACAACUAUUGUGCUUUGCUAUCUGGUGGUGUAUAAGCACAUGCCCCCUGCUGCUGCCCUGGAAUUUGUGCGUUCUAAAAGACCUCGAGUGCUUUUGUCUCGCUCGCAGUGGAAGGUGGUCCAAGAAUACAAGCAGCAACGAUUAGCAUCUACCACACACUCUCCCUCCAGGGAUGCAGUUUUGAUUACAGAAGCAGAUUUGGAAGGGUACCAUAGCUCUUGUGACGAUGAUGGCAACAAGGAGCUGAAAAUUGCUCCCAUAGCGGCAAGGGCUAGGCCUGUGAUUGAAAGGCUGUCGUGUCUUUUUGCAUAUUUGAAAGUUUCUGGGGGCUGUGGACCUGUUCUUAGGCAGCUGACUGCGGCACGCGCUUGCUAAGGGCUGCUGUGGAAAUAAAUAAUACAGGAGAGUAAUAUUCCAGUGCUUUGUGCUUAAGAUAGAGAAGAAUACUGAAUAAUGAAUAGCGAAGAAUUUGAAUAGCUGUUCUUUGAAUAAUGUAGUGUGAGAGCAGUACAACCUGCAGUUGUACUUGUACAUAAUUCUUGCACGAGUUUGUGUAAUUUGCAGUUAAGUUUGUUAUUUGAGUUAGUAUGGGGUCUUUUUGAUAA